GAAACAUCCGCGACCUUGUGGGUUGCAGCUACUGAAUGUUUAGCUGAGUUGUACCCGGUGUGUGUAGGUCUCUAUAGAACAGACCUACACACCGAGAUGUGUACUGUGCUAGACAACUUAACGUAUAGCGUAAUCUUAUGGGUAGUAGCAAUAUGAUAUAGAAUAGCAUUGAUCUGAGUACUUGGUGCCCUGUUAUCGCGAAACUAUGCACUGGCUCUAUUCAUCGAUACGCAUUUUUGUGGCGCUGUCCUGGCUAUUUGCCAGGCACAGAACGGUCGCUGAGGAACAGCCAUUGGAAGAACUGUCACAAGAAGAUGAUCUCAGUGACCUGCCAGAAUGCAAGACUGUACUGGCUGCAGACAGCGCUGCCUUGACUUACUGCCUUAACGGAUCAACAUGCCGAGUUGGAAAGGGGUCCGGUAAAUACGCCCAAAUAGUAUGUGACUGCAGCACUAUCGCAACAAAGGAUGUCUUCUACGCCGGACCGAAGUGCGCCACCAAAGUUAGACGUAAAUAUCGAGUGCAACAAGCAUUCAACUUCGACUCGACACUUCAGGUAAUAAAUACAUGCCUUAUAGAGGACGUCCUGGGAAUGAAUCAAUGGAAAAAUGACGUUACAUCAGUAGGACACCUGCCGAUAUAGAAAGUAAUUAGAGCUCAGUAGAGAUUACCUCCAUGGCAUCACUGGAAACUUCCACGCCAGACUCGCGAAGGUCACGAACGUACUCAGCAAGCUUGUCACGAGUUGAUCGCAUGACAGUUAU